AUGGAGACCCUGGAAGGUGUGGAGCAGAACCUUCUCCAGUGGGAUCGGAAGCUGAGCGAGCUGUCGGAACCGGGGGAGUCCGAUGCCCUGCUCUACAACACGCAUUUCACAGAACUCCUCGAUGAGUUUUCCCAGGACAUUUUGGGGCAGCUCCUGAACGACCCCUUCCUCUCUGAGAAGAAUGAGAUGAUGGAAGUGGAGCUGUCUCCCGCUUCUCCAGCACCCCUCAUUCAGGCAGAACACAGCUAUUCCCUCUGCGGCGAUUCUCGACCCCAGUCCCCGCUGACCCACAUUUCAGCCGACGACGCUUUCAACGAAGACAUGGAAAACGAAGACUGGGGCCUGGGUUCGGAGCUGGAUUCAGCCCCCAUCAAGACAGAGCCUGCCGUGGGGGCAGCACCUGGUCUCGCUCCCUCCGUCAGCCUCACCGCCACGACGAGUCCCGUGACCCUGGAGAGGGGGGAGACUCCGAUGCAGCAGGAUGGCACGGCUAAACCACUGAAUCACAAAGCUUUCCCAGAGAUCAAACUGGAGCCCCAUGAAGUGGAUCAGUUCCUAAACUUUUCUUCCAAGGAAGUGAUGGAGGCCCUUCACAUGCCUCCAACUCCCCCCAGCAGCCACGGCAGCGACUCCGAGGGUGGGCAGAGUCCAAGCAGAUCUCUUCCACCAUCAAGUCCCACACAGUUGCAAGCCACUGUUAAAGUGACUCCACGCGUGGCUUCUGUGCUCACCAAUUCUCCUCUCUUAACAGCGCCACAUAAACUACAGGGCACGGGUCCUCUGAUCUUGACAGAGGAGGAGAAGAGGACACUUAUAGCAGAAGGGUACCCUAUCCCUACAAAACUGCCUCUCACAAAAGCCGAAGAGAAAGCACUUAAGAAGAUCCGUAGGAAAAUCAAAAACAAGAUCUCUGCCCAGGAGAGCAGAAGAAAAAAGAAAGAAUACAUGGACAGCCUGGAGAAAAAGGUUGAGACCUGCUCCACUGAGAACAGUGAGCUUCGCAAGAAAGUGGAAGUUCUGGAGAACACAAACAGAACCCUCCUGCAGCAGUUACAGAGGCUUCAAGCCAUGGUGGCCGGCAAAGUGUCUCGCUCAUGCAAAGCUGCUGGUACCCAAACAGGAACGUGUCUCAUGGUGGUAGUAUUAUGCUUUGCAAUUAUUUUUGGCAGCUUCUCACAGACUUACGGGCCUAAUUCCUCCACCACAAAGGCAGUCCUGCCAAACCAACAUUCCACACCAGAAUCAUAUACUGCCUCCAUAGUGCGGUCGAGAAGCCUGUUAACUUACGAGGGGCCUCACCCGUUGGAGGAACCGCAACUCUCCGAUCAUAGCAACAGCUGGGACAGGCACACGGAUGCCUCCAAACACUCGCCUCUGUCCUUGGAAUCCGUAUCCAGGGCGCAGCGUGACCAAGUCACAGAGAUCACAAUAGCCAACGAAACUCGGCUAGAGAAGUCAGUGCUGCUGGAGCUGCAGCAACACAGAGUCGGCUCAGAGCUGGAUGCAAAUAAAACACUGAAGUUCAUUGAAAUUGACAGAAGAGUUAAUGCUACGUCUUAAAAGGAAAA